GAGGGUUGUAAACACUUUACAGAGGUUGCCGGUGGACGAUGGAUCACUCAGCUUCGGAUUCAGAAACCGAUGAUUAUAAGCAGCCUUUGCUUCAUCGGAAUGAAGACGAGGACAUAAAAAGAGCUCCAGCGCUCUGUUCCUCGCGCUACAGCCUGGCCAUCCUGUCCUGCUAUGGCUUCUUUGUGGCAUACGCCUUGAGGGUGAACCUCAGCGUGGCCAUGGUGGACAUGCUGAACAGCAGUAGCAGCAAUAACGUCAACAGCUCUGUCUGCCUGAGGCACAAUAACCCCCCGCGCCCCAGGCACAACCACACGGCCAGUGUGUAUGACUGGGACUCAGAGACUCAAGGCUGGAUCCUGGGCUCUUUCUUUUAUGGCUACAUCAUCACUCAGAUACCAGGAGGGUACAUGGCACGCAAGUAUGGUGCCAAGUGGCUGCUGGGCUUUGGGAUCCUGGGGACUGUGAUCUUCACUCUGCUUACGCCUGUAGCUGCUGACCUAGGGGCUGGUUACCUCAUAGCGGUCAGGGUCCUCGAAGGCAUUGGGGAGGGAGUGACAUUUCCUGCGAUGCAUGCCAUGUGGGCAUCUUGGGCCCCACCAAUGGAGAGAAGUCGGCUUCUCACCAUCUCAUAUGCAGGUGCCCAACUUGGCACUGUAGUAGCCCUGCCCUUGUCCGGACAGAUAUGUUUUUACUUGGACUGGACUUAUGUCUUCUAUAUUUUUGGAGCUGUUGGUAUCCUCUGGUUUAUCCUGUGGUCUUUGCUGGUCAGUAACAGCCCCACCUCACACAGAAGAAUAUCAGAGGUUGAAAGGACCUACAUAACAGCCUCUUUAAAAAAUGAGCUUUCUCCAACAACGGACCACAUUCCGUGGACAUCCAUCCUUACCUCUGUGCCAUUAUGGGCCAUAGUUGUUGCCCAUUUCUCUUACAACUGGACAUUUUACACUUUGCUGACACUCUUACCCACUUACAUGAAUGAUAUACUGGGCUUCAGCAUUAAGCAGAAUGGAAUGCUUUCUGCUCUGCCGUACCUGGGCUGCUGGUUGUUGUCUAUGGGUGGAGGCCAGUUGGCAGACUACCUGAGGGAGACUUGCCUAUUCAGUACGGUGGCAGUGCGCAAAGCCUUCAGUAUCAUAGGUAUGAUGGGGCCAGCUGUGUUCCUGGUGGCAGCAGGAUACACUGACUGCAACUACACCCUCGCUGUCAUUUUCCUUACCAUCUCUUCAUCGCUUGGUGGCUUUUCAGCAUCUGGCUUUAACAUCAAUCAUCUGGACAUUGCACCAUCCUAUGCUGGAAUAUUGCUUGGAAUCACAAACUCCUUUGCAACUAUACCAGGCAUGGUGGGUCCCGUGAUAGCAAGGUCACUGACCAAAUCUAACACCAUAGUGGAAUGGCGAACAGUGUUCUUCAUUUCCGCUGGAAUAAAUCUGUUUGGGGCCGCCUUCUACACACUGUUUGGGAAAGGUACAGUCCAGCCCUGGGCAGUACAGAGUUUGCACAUCCAGUGAAUAUAUUUUUAUUUUUUUUAUGUAAGAGAGUAAUGGACGAUAAAUUAUAAAUUCAGUGGACUUAAUUCAGGUGAUUCACUAUGAAGGCUUGAGCACAGAUAAAGAAAUCCUUACUUUUUUUUCAGUAAGGUACUAUGUGGCCCAUAUUUGGAAAUGUUCUCUCUUAGGUUUUCACUAGCUGCCAAUGUUCACUCCGUUUAAAUCUCAGAUGGGUUUGCAAAAACCCCAGCCUAACGAUAGACCUGAAACAUUGUGUCCUGAAAUGUUUGUUCAAUUCAUUUGGUCUGUUCAGCAAACCUGUUCAGUGUAAAAGCCAAACUCCAGUGCUUUGGCCUAAGAAGCCAGAAUAGUAACCAGCUAACAUGUGUAUCUGUGUAAGCAGUAAAUCUUUGCUUAAAUAUUCAGGAGAUCAUUAAAAUGCCAAUUUACUUGCUCCAUCUGAGGUUUGAAAUAAUUGAGCUGAACUUGGGUUGAAGUUUAAACCAACUUUAUAUAAUAAUGUAAUGUUAUGAUCUAUAUCUGCAGGAAAUACCUUUCUGCCCACAUUACUUUUAUCAAUACUAACAGAUGACUCAUUGAUACACUACACAUCCCUAUUAUAGUUAGUACCAGCUAUAAGCAUUGUGACCAUGAGAAUACGAAUACAAAAUAGAGUAUCACUCUAAUACACCCCAAUUACAAGCUUAAUAAAGGAAUCCUAUGAAACGUCCACUUGUCUCUAAAUUAGCCAUAAUGAAGUAUUGUCCUUAUUCCUUCUAGUUACUGUGCCUUAUUUUUAUUUUAUGAACCUCUUUUCAUUAGAUUCAUAAUUGUUUCUACUCCGUAGCGCAUAAGGAUUCACAUUAUAAACCACUGGGCACAUUUGACUUUUCACUUGCCAACUGUUUGUAUACUGUAAUGUUAUACCAUAAAAGUGAGUAUGUAUAUUUGAUUGUUUUAACCUAUAUUACUUUUAUACUUUGCCAUAUAUUUUUUUGUUUACUUGCUGGAGUACAUUGUUUACGUGAGACAUGAGGUAUUGCAUGUCUUGCAGCUAAUUUCUCCACCUGAAAAGUCAGGGAUGCAUUGAUACCCUGUAUAUAAGCAUGUUAUAAGAUGUAUAUAAACCACCAUGUUCUGCUCAAAAUCCAGCAUCGUCCUUUAGUUCCCUUGCCCACUCUCCUCAAAAAAAACAACAACAAUUUUUUAAAUUAAAAGCCAAUAAUUAUGUAUGGUCUUGUAACUUUUAUUUGUUCAUCACUUAUUGUUUAUUAGUGGAAAAUUAAUCAAUUUGUCCUAAUUUCCCAUGGUUACAACUUAAGUCUUUCAAAAUUGGUAUCAGAGCCUGAAAGGUCAAAUAUCGGGUUCCCAGGAAAGAGCGUUAUUUUUAUGUAUGUUUGUUAUUAGUCUUUAAUAAAGAUUAUUUUUUAGUUUU